AUGAGUGGCAUCGAUUCGGCAAUUUCAAAACAAGCCAUUGGUCGACAUGGAUUCAUUGGCAGUUUAUAUGAUAUUCGUAGCAAUCAAUUUGAAGGUGGAAAUUUAUUCAAUCGAGAACUGGCACCAUCAUUGAUUUCCACAACAGAUUGUGCAAGUUCCGAUUUUUAUGUGGAUGAGAAUCUAUCUCAAAAAGAUACACUUAAUAAGCUUAAUAUUGAAGGAUCCAUGAAACUAAGUCUUAUGGCUGGUGUAGUUCAAGUCGAUGGUUCAGCGAAAUAUUUAAAUCAAACAUUCAUUACUCCUAUUAAAAAAAAAUUAAGCCUUAAAAGAAAAGAUGCAUUCGAUCAAUUAAUGUCAGUGCAGAACUUAUAG